UCCUUUGUAAAUGUAAAUGUGUGUUUUUGACAGAUGAGCAACAACAGCAAUAAGAGAGCUCCGACAACAGCCACCCAGCGACUGAAGCAGGACUACCUGCGAAUUAAGAAAGACCCAGUGCCUUACAUCUGCGCUGAGCCCCUCCCUUCCAACAUUCUUGAAUGGCACUAUGUGGUCCGAGGCCCUGAGAUGACUCCUUAUGAAGGUGGCUAUUAUCAUGGAAAACUAAUUUUCCCCAGAGAAUUUCCUUUUAAACCUCCUAGUAUUUAUAUGAUAACUCCCAAUGGAAGGUUUAAGUGCAAUACAAGGCUGUGUCUUUCCAUCACGGAUUUCCACCCAGACACGUGGAACCCGGCCUGGUCCGUCUCCACCAUCCUGACUGGGCUCCUUAGCUUCAUGGUGGAGAAGGGCCCCACCCUGGGCAGUAUAGAGACCUCGGACUUCACGAAGAGACAACUGGCUGCACAGAGUUUAGCGUUUAAUUUAAAAGACAAAGUCUUUUGUGAAUUAUUUCCUGAAGUCGUGGAGGAAAUUAAACAGAAACAGAAAGCACAAGAUGACCUCAGUAGCCGACCCCAGGCUCUCCCCCUACCGGACGUGGUUCCUGAUGGGGAGACGCACCUUGGCCAGCAUGGGCUUCAGCUGCUCAAUGGGCAUGCACCGGGGGCCGGGCCGCACCUCGCGGGGCUCCAGCAGGCCAACCGGCACCAUGGACUCCUGGGCGGUGCCCUGGCGAACUUGUUUGUUAUAGUUGGGUUUGCAGCCUUCGCCUACACGGUCAAGUACGUGCUGAGAAGCAUAGCGCAGGAGUGAGCUGUGCGCCAUGGCUGCACAGGUCGUUGGAAAUGGGGAUGCUGGGCCUAAGCUUGAAGCGGGCUGGCUGGACGUGCCUCCGAGCACAGGGCGGACCCGCCUGACUCCUGGGGUUAAGCUUUUUAAAAACCUUUAAAAGGAAAACAGAAACCAAAGUGUGUGGUUUGGGUCUGGAGGAGACUCGAGAUUCUCAUGCCCUGUUCUCACCCUGGGUCUGUCGGGGGCUGUGGGGCUCAGGUGUUGAGGAGGAGGGGCCUCACGCUUUGGUUUUAUAGCUCAUCUCCUGUAUUGUCUUUGGACCUGUUUUAGUAAACCUGUUUUUCAUUUUAUUAGAUUUGGUCACUUAAAAUAUAAAACUCGAUGCUUAUC